CCCUGAGUUGACCAGGAGGGACGAGCUGAGACCCAAGCAGAGUGAAGAAACAGAGCAGACUGACGCUCACACAUUCACUGUGCUCACUGACUCUCAGUCCAUCUACAGAACAACACCCUAUACUCACCAUGCUAGGCUGGGACCUGUGGACAAUUCUUUGCUUUACUUCUGUUCUCUCUGAGGCAUUUCCUUCAACCAACAUAAAAAUCACACAAGAUCUGCCACUGCUGCUGUCAGACCCCAGCCAGCUUGUCUCCUGCCCUCUCUUCUGGACGGAGUUUGAAGGUAAUUGUUACCGUUUCUUCCCGCUGAACCGCACCUGGGCUGAGGCUGACCUCUACUGCGCGGAGUUCUCCAAUGGCCACAAGUCAGCCAAGCUCACAUCCAUACACAGCUGGGAGGAGAAUGUCUUUGUCUAUGAUCUGGUGAACAGUCGGAUCCCUGGCAUCCCCACAGACAUCUGGAUCGGACUCCAUGACCGGAGACAGGAAGGCACCCUGGAGUGGACGGAUGGCUCCCCCUAUGAGUACAGUUACUGGGAUGGGAACCAGCCUGACGAUGGCAUCCACCGCAUCCCAGAGGAGGAGGACUGUGUGGAGAUCUGGUACCGACAGAGUAGCGCUCUGAGAUCCUGGAAUGAUAACAGCUGUGACAAAACCUUUCCCUUCGUCUGUAAAAUCCCUACACUGGACAAUUAGCCCCCAAAUCUACAGCCCACAACCCACCAGCUUGUCUCCAUUCCUGAAGAGAGCUCCUUCUCUUGGACCUCCACCGCUCCAGCACUGGCGUCCAAUUCUGACAUCCAGUUCUGACCCUGUGAGACAUUGCUUGCAAUCACCCAGCAAAACCCAGCCAGGCUCUUACACGCUCUGGAGCCUGCACACAUCUGGUCCUUGUUUGAAGCGCAAUGAUUUAUUGCUCAGACUCGUUUCUGAAGGAACACUAAUUGUUUUUAUGAUUUUAUUUGGAAAGGUUUAUGACUUUUAAUAAACUUGUGCAGUUGUUCUCCUGGUCAAAAUGCUGCUCAGUUGGGCGUGCCUGGAGUGACAGUGUAGGGGGUCAUUGGUAGAGAUGUUACAAUCUUCUGCAGCCGUUAUCUUCCACUGUCAAUCACCAUACGCUUUCUAAACACACUUAGACUGCGGAGUAGUUGUCUUCUAGGUUACCAUAGAGCCCAAAGAGGUUUCCUGCCUACCUGGGAUACACAAACUUAAUUAUUGUAAUAUAAAAUGUUUACCAGACAAUUACAUUUUAUAUUUGUAAGACACAGCAUGUGUUUUAGCAGUGUGCUGCACUUUUCUUUUUAAUUAAAACACAAUUAAGAAACCUGUUAUUGUUAAAUUAGUAUUUUUUCCAUCUAUCUACUCGCUUUCCUACUCAGUGACUAUAGUGGAUGGAGAUAUCUAAUAUUAAUAAAGUACAAGUUAAACUGUU